CCCGCCCGACCGAAAUUCCCAGGCUGCUGCCUCAGGCAACACGCUUUCCGACUCCUUGGCUUCUUAUGUGAGGAAACCACAGCGCGGCCGGCAUCCCGAUAGUCGGUUACUCGCGAAGUUCUCGCCGGACGAAGGGACCAGCCAGCACCCGGCUAGGCAGCGAGGCCGGAAGCGGAGGCGCGGCCCCUGCGCGGCCCCGGAAACCAGUGAGGCCGGCGCGCGCCCGCCGGAAGCCGCGACCCCGACGCGCCCCCCUCGCCCUUGGCGCCGGAAGUGGUCGCGGGCCGUUCUGUUUCCUGCCCGAGGGGCGUGCGCGGGCCCGGGGCGGCCGCGGAGGCCGAAGCAUCCAUGGCGGAGGGCGGCAGCCCAGACGGGCGGGCAGGGCAGGGCUCCGCAGGUCGUAAUCUGAAGGAGUGGCUGAGGGAGCAAUUUUGUGAUCAUCCGCUGGAGCACUGUGAGGACACGAGGCUCCAUGAUGCAGCCUACGUCGGGGACCUCCAGACCCUCAGGAGCCUAUUGCAAGAGGAGAGCUACCGGAGCCGCAUCAACGAGAAGUCUGUCUGGUGCUGUGGCUGGCUCCCCUGCACACCGUUGCGAAUUGCGGCCACUGCAGGCCAUGGGAACUGUGUGGACUUCCUCAUCCGGAAGGGGGCCGAGGUGGAUCUGGUGGAUGUGAAAGGACAGACGGCCCUGUAUGUGGCUGUGGUGAACGGGCACCUAGAGAGUACCCAGAUCCUUCUCGAAGCUGGCGCAGACCCCAAUGGAAGCCGGCACCAUCGCAGCACCCCCGUCUACCAUGCCUCUCGCGUGGGCCGGGCCGACAUCCUGAAGGCCCUCAUCAGGUAUGGGGCUGAUGUUGACGUGAACCACCACCUGACUCCUGAUGUCCAGCCCCGAUUCUCCCGGCGGCUCACCUCCUUGGUGGUCUGCCCCUUGUACAUCAGUGCAGCCUACCACAACCUCCAGUGCUUCCGGCUGCUCCUCCUGGCUGGCGCGAACCCUGACUUCAACUGCAAUGGUCCUGUCAACACACAAGGAUUCUACAGGGGCUCCCCUGGGUGCGUCAUGGAUGCUGUUCUGCGCCACGGCUGUGAGGCAGCCUUCGUGAGCCUGCUGGUAGAAUUUGGAGCCAACCUGAAUCUAGUGAAGUGGGAAUCGCUGGGCCCAGAGUCUAGAGGAAGAAGAAAGGUGGACCCUGAGGCCUUGCAGGUCUUUAAAGAGGCCAGAAGUGUUCCCAGAACCUUGCUGUGUCUGUGCCGUGUGGCUGUGAGAAGAGCUCUUGGCAAAUACCGACUUCAUCUGAUUCCUUCGCUGCCUCUGCCAGACCCCAUAAAGAAGUUUCUACUUCAUGAGUAGACUUCAAGUGCCGCGGUUGAUUCCAGCGAGGGAGAAGGUGAUCUGCAGAGAGGUGGACACCGAGCCCUGAGUGCUGUGCUGCUGGUGGUCUCCUGAUGGCUGUUGCUGCAGAAGAUGUCCUCAUGGACUGUCAUUGCUCCUCAGGUGCCUGGGCCGCUGAACAGUCCUUGGGUCAUUGUCAGCUGAGAGGCUCAUACUAAAGUUAUUAUUGUUUUUCUCAAGUUCUCUGUUCUGGAUUUUCAGUUGCAUAUUAAUGUAAUGGGCCAUGGGAUAUGUACAUGUAGGGGCUGAGGUUGGAGGCCUACUAAUUUCCCUGUAGGGAAGACUCCUAGCACUUCUGGAACUGUGCUUCUCUUUAUUUUUCUACUUCUUAAUUUGAUGGUUCGAUUAAAGCCUUCUAGUAUCUCAAUGAAAAGGGAGUUUUUAAGCAAAAUAGAGGACAGAAAUGCAGUUCAUGAACUUGCUGGUUUGUUUUCCCUGCUCCUGGGGUAACACAUGCACUUGUCAUACAUGCCCCUUCCUUGCCCCUUCAGUAUUCUCUCUUUGCGGUGGAGGUCUCAUAGUGAGUGUCUUCACUCAAGGGUGGUUUCCUGGCUGCACGGCACCUGUUCCAAUACCUACUGUGCCUCUCAUCAGAUGUCAUGAUUUUUCUGCCACUUCACCUUAGGGAGCUUCCAGUGAUUGAUUUUAGGAGGCCCACACCAAACUCCCCAGGAAAUGACUGCCUUCCUUGGGACCAAGGACCGUUCCAACAGCAUUCACUGCCAGUUCUAAUAGGCGAGGAAAAUGCCCAAGGCGCUGUCUUCUAUCCCCCACACAUACCAGAAAGUGAAAAAUGCAGCGAGUCCUCUGGGUGGUUCUGAGCCUCCAGGUGCAUGCUGUCCAGUGGACAGAACAUCUGGUGGUUGGUUGAUUGCUCUCUUUUGUCUUGGUCGCUUCUUCUAGAAUCUACGCAAGGGGAUAGCAGUGAGGUCAGAAGUCUUUCCCGGGAGAGAGAUGGCCUGGGUUAUCAUUGCUGAUAGCUUUGGCUGCGUGGGUUGGGCUUCCCCUCACCCAGGGCUGCACAGCCAGGUGUUGAGGGUCACCAGCAGGUGGGCUGGUGGCUGCAGCCUCAGAGCCCUCCCAGGUUGCUGCUGUUUCCAGUGAAUCACAUUUCGUCAUUUGAAGCCCAUGAGGACCAUUAUGUGGAUCCAUGGUGAUUCUAGACUUCAGAUAUAUUUAGGAAGGAGCAGAUUUCAAAUCUGUGUUUAGAUUUUCUGUCAUAAGAGAAAUCCAAUUUGUAAAAAUUGAACAAUGAUACCGUUUUAUUUACUUAGUAGCAUCACUGUGUGUCUUAGCAGGCAGGCAAUGUCUGGCCAUUAUUGCGUUCUACAGCCAGAGGAUAGAAUUCUAUACCCCCAACCCCCUGUGUCACAAAUGGGCUCUGUGUGGGUCACCCCAGCUGACCCAUGUAUAUACAGAUGCAGUUCCAAAGGGAAGAACAGUCCUCGGGUGAUUCAGAGGGGAAAAUGCAAUCCGGGAGGUGUUUCCUUAGCUGAGGUGACACUGUUAGAAGCUGUGAUGGUUGUGUAAAUGUGGGCUGUGUGCUGUUCCCGAGGGGAGUUUGGGAUUGGGUCCCGCUGAAGCCAGGAGGGUCUUCCCAAGAUAGGAAAGGAACUACAGGUGGUGAGCGGCUGGGGAGGGCCAGGACAGCCGGGGCCGGGUGCUGCAGGGGCUUCAGCCCGAGAGAGGGAGUAGGCGUGUUCUUUGUGGUACCAAAGUGGGACUAGGACAAAAAUUGGGCUGUGGUUGGGGCAGGAGCUAUGGGGAGUUAAGGAAUGAUGAUAAUGGAAGUUGGAGCCACCACAGUGGACUGGGCCUUGUCACUGGAGGUCGUAGGCAGUGGCUCAUCACCCUGGUAGGGCUGAUAGGGGCUUUCAGGGAGGCUGGUUAGCUCCCUGCACUCUGGCUCUUUACUGGCUUACUGUUUAGCUCCUCCCACCUCAAGUCUCUUCUUCCUGCCACCCUUUGGGCUCAGAGGAGGGUGGCUCAGAGGAGGGAGCCAUGUUGUAGACACAUGACAUGCUCUGUGUCUGCUCUACUGAGUACUUUCUGCAGGGGCCUGUUAAGGACGAGGCCUCCCCAGCUCUUCCCGGUGCAGGAAGUGGCUCAGUUCUUGAACCUUUUGGGAAGCGGCACCUGGGAAUGCUGCCUCGUGGGAGUCCCAUGCAUGAGUGCGGUGGUGUGACCUUCAGGCUGCACAGAGGCAAGGACCCAGAUGUGGCAGCAUGGGCGUCAUGUUCCUUUGCACAGCCCAGGGCCUGUUUCGGAGGGACCAGGUCACUGCCCCUGGUCUCUCUAGGAGGAGUGGACUGAAUGGAUCCUUGCAGAGAAGACUCACCCAGACCUGGCCAGGGAAUGAUGUGUCUGGGGAGGGAAUGAGCUGGAGGAGGGGGCCUCUCACGGCCCUUCUCUGGCCUGACUGGCCUGCAGGUGUCUAGGGUUUCAGCUUUUCAUUUGCAGAGGACAUGUUCAACUUCCUCUCUGUUCAAGCCAGCCUUUGCCAAUUUUUUCAGAAUCCAAUCAAUUUGGAGGUUUGGUGUCUUGUUUCAUAGCUGUCAAAUAUGAAUCUGAAAACAGGGUGGGUAGCUAAGGUCAUUCCUCCUGGGUUUUAGUGACACUCCCUUCACUAAAGCUCCCUUUUUUUUCUGUUGGCAAGGACAGGUUACAGAAUAGGAAGAGUAGCACUUUCCACCUAAGCACUUUAGGAAUCACCUUCCUAAGCCCUGGGGCACCCAAGUCCCAUGGGGCAGGGAAACGUGGUCCUCAGUGAGGCUGCUGCCUGGCUGGCCCGGAGUCCUCCCUAGGAGAGGGGCUCGAUGGGCUGGGGGAAGGAGCCUGAAGGUUGCCCCUGGUUGCAUCCCAGAAGCAUCUGACUGUCACCACUGCCAGGGCAGCUGCUGGCUGUGGAACAGUCCUGGGCCCUGGGCCUUGGCUGCUAUCAACAGAUGGGCUGGGCUGGGCCGUAGUGGGGUGGGGUACAACGUUGAUAACUGAGAAUUCAGCUUUGGAGUCCUGGGUGAGGGGUUUUAGAUAAACCCAUCAAUAUCACCCACAUUCUGUGACUCUUUGCAUCACUCGCGUUAUUUAUUUAUUUAUUUAUUUAUAUUCUGCCUUCUUCCAGAAAAGUGUUUAAGGCAACAAUGCUUGUUUUUUGGUGUUUUCUUUUGACAUUUGAAAAUUUAGUACAUUGUUAAAAUGUACUUGUUAAACAGGUAAUUUUAAAGAGAAGAAACAAUUGUUUUUAGUAAGUUUUCUUUUUCCUUUUUCAAUGAAUCGAUUCUUCAAAUGAAAAGUUCUUGAGAGAAAGAGAGGAAGAUACAGCAGACAUAGGACCGAGCCAAGGAAGAGUCUGCCUGAGAGAGACGCUUGGCCUGUGCUUUGCUGCCAUCCGUGCGGCCUUGGCCAAGUCCCUGUUAACAGAGGCGGCUCCACUUCAGACAGGGACAAGGCUUCCUGCUGUGCCUUUCUGGCAGGGUUUUGUGGGGUCACAUGGGAAGCAAUGUGUUACGCAAGCAGUCUCCAUGUGCGUGUAAACUGCUGUCGUGGUGACUUGUCCCUCUUCUUAGUGGAAACGCAUUUGAGAUGGUGACAGGGCUGGAUGAACCUGUGACCCUGGGAGAUCCGGGCUGGACUGUGGACCCCGAUGGGCCACAGUCCUUGUGGCCCACAGCAUAGCACUGGGGACAGAGCGCUCUAUGCAGGUGAGGCAUAUGAGAACAACAUGGUAAAUAAUUGAUGAAGUCACAUUUGUUCAACUUAAAGGAUUGUUUUUUAUUCUGAAGUUAUUUUCUUCCUUAUUUAGAUGAUAAAAUUUCCUUUUAUGUAAUGAAGGUAAAAGUAGAGGGCAAUAUUUUUGCUUUUUGAAAUGCUCUUGGUUGCAAAACAAAAUGUUGGUUGCUGUUUGUCGGCCCCAGAAUUUCUUCUUAAGUUCUCCUGUCUCUGAAAUCCCGAAGUCAGGGAACCACAGUCUCGCUGUGGUGCAUGUUUACGUAUUGGUGAGAAAUUCCUCUUGGGUUCUUGAACAGCCUGUACACUGGCAGACAGCACUGCAGCAUUUCCACUACUCAUGGCCAAGAACGAGUUUGGAGAUCGCUGCGUGCGGUUUUAGGAAGUGCAAACACCCGUGGUGAUGGGCCUCUGGCCACCUCUGGAUCCAUGGGACAUACAGGAAGCUGGUGUGGCCUUCUCGGUGAGGACUGCCCCUUAACCUGGGCACUGGGAGCCUGUGGCCCCCCUCUAUGUUGGUGAAGACACCAGUGUGGGUCUUCUGGCUCUGGGGCUACAGCUUCUGCCUCCUCACCUGGCCGUUGGUACUCGGCAAGCAGGCCUGGCCUCCAGGGGCCUGGAUCCCCGCCGGCUGGGAUUGGCCUCCUGGAAGUACCUGUUUGGGCCAUGUGACCUCCUUUCUCACUUACGCCUCACUCCCCUCCUCCUGCUUCAAACCCGAAUCUCUCAGUGUGGAAUGAAACAGUUUAGAUGCGUACAUGAUGCACGUUGGUGGGAUUCACAUCCCAGGAGAAUUCCACGGAGAGGAAUGUGCAGAUUUUGAAGUGCACAGUGAUGUGUGGAAUAAAUACUAUACAUUCUCAGCAGACAGUGGGAUGGAGAAGUGAGUGGGGGCAGGAGGGGGAUUUCUGUUGCCUUCACAUGUCAUUGCUCAGUGCCUGGAAUGCAGGCGAGUCUCUCUUUUUUAUGUUGCUUUGAUUUCAAGAUCUCUUAGAUAUACUAGGUAGUGUAUGAAUGUGCAUAAAUCCUGUUUGAGAAUGGUGUUUAUGAAGAAGCUGUUUCGUGUGUACAGUUGCUGCUGUAAUUUAGCCGGCAGUGCCCUGCCCUGCUCUGCAGUGUCUGCACAGCUCCCACUGCUUCUCUUUGCUGUUGGGCGUGUGAGGCAUGACUUGGAGGGGGGCCUGGUGCCUGGGGACCUGCUGAAGAGAAUGCUCACCAGCCCUCUGUUUCCCUUUCUGCUUUGGUAAUCAACACGUGUUUGCCUGCAGUGGCCGGGACCGUGACUGUUUCUGCCCUUGUGCCUAGUUAAGAGCCUUUAGAAGCAUAAUGAACAUUUUUGAUAUGCUGUUGUAACUUCAGUAAACGCUUUAUUUCCCUCUAACUGCCCCCAAAUGCCUUAAUUUUGUUUAUUUCAACAGGUGGAAGUGUUGGUCGUGUGAACUCUUGGUAUUUGCAUUUCAAGAAGGGAGUUCUUUUUUCUUUCUUCUUUCUAUGGAACGUUUCAAGUGAUUGGGUAGAAAAGAAGGGCUCUGAAGCAGGAGUUUUCACCUGUUCUGAGGGAACUUGGGGCUCCAGGGACAUACCCCAAAUGUUGCCCAGGUUGAAACUCCCUGACAGCCUGUUUUACGUAGUGGCUUGUGGUUUCCAGUUUGAAGAGAGUUGUGCCCCUAAAAGUGUUUGAAACCUGUGGCUUUGAAGCAAGGUGCCAUUGUCCCCACAGUGUUCCGUGGGGUGGGGGGUGAUGGAGACUGUGGGCAAGCCUGUUGUUUUCGGCCCCCAUUGUUACGUGGGACCUGUUUUGACGGUGGGAGGGUGAGAUGUGAAGAUUUGGGAUGAACCUGGAAUGAACGAACUAAAUAAAGACAUGCAUCCAUCUGUCAGUGA